AUGAAUUUCUUCAAAUCAGUCUUCGUUGAUGACACCACACCACCGGACUCACCCAAAUCCCAAUCCCCUCCUGACAAUUCGAAUUCCAAAGACCCGAACCCGACAACCCAAAACCCCACCUGGUCCUUUGGCUCUUUAAUCCAAACCUUAGCGACCAAAUCUGAAUCCGUCAUCGAAAUCUACAAAAAAGAUCUUGGAGAAUUCGGAUCCGGCUUGAAAAAAGAAACCACCAUUAUCCGUGAUGUCGCUUCACGCGCCGUCCAUGAUCUCCCUGCUUCCUUCGAGGCCAGUGCUGCCGUCGCUCAAGAAGCCAUCGACGGUAUUGGAUCCAACAUGUGGAAAUCAACGGCCCAGAUCAUUUCUCAAGGUAAAAACUCCAUUUUGGCCGGUGAUCAUGAUCACGAUUAUGAUUUACACUCAUCUAAUGCUGAUAGUAGUAGAAGUAAUUUGAGUAAACAGCUGCCUUUGGAUGUGAAAUACAGUCGUUUUGAUGCUCAAGUGCAUGCAUUGCAGUCUGAUUUGGAUACUUACUGUAGCGAACCGGAAGAUAAAGAGGAUUAUGAGAAAUGGAAAUCAGGGGGUUUGAUGUUUAAGUUAAAACAAGCUGAGGAGGCGAGGGCUUUGCUUGUAAAACGAGCUAUUUCUGGUGAUGAAGACGAUUUAAGUUGGGAUUUUGAUGAUGAUAAGGAGGAGGGUGAUGGGUUUUUGUCCAAAGGUGAAUCGACUAAGAAUGCAGAGGGAGAGAAGGAGAAGAAUGUUGGUGGGAGGAUUGAUGAGAAUGCAGCAGAGGAGGAAAAGGUUGGGGUGGAUAGAAGUGAGGAUAAGUUGGAGGAGAAGGUAGUGGUGGUGGAGGGAAAGGGUGAUACUGUCGAAUCGAGCGAAGAUAAUGAUAAAUUGGAUGAGAAGGUAGUGGCAGUGGAGGGAAAGGGCAGUACUGUCGAAUUGUGCAAAGAUAAUGAUAAAUUGGAGGAGAAGGCCGUGGUGGUGAAGGGAGAGGGGGAUGAUGGUAAAUCGGAUAGUGAUAAGUUGGAGGAGAAGGUGGUGGUGGUGGUGGUGGUGGGGGAUAAUGGUGAAUCGUGUAAAGAUAUUGAUGUUUCGGUGGUUUCAAGCCAGUUGAUGACUGAGGAGGAUCUUGAGUGGGAUGAGAUUGAAGAUGUUGGGAGUAAUGAUGAGAGCAAAGGGGAAGCUGUGGGGAGCAGGAAGAGUGCCAAUACAAGUAAAGUUGAUUUGCAUAAUCGGCUGAGUGCUGCGGAGGAAGAGGAUGAUUUUAGUUGGGAUAUUGAAGAUGAAGAUGAUGCUCAUGUUAAGUGA